AGGUGCCAAGAGACGGCGUCAUUCUCGGGUGUCAGCAACGGAAAGUCAGAAACAACGAGAAACCAAGGAGGAAGGGUCUUUUCUCAGGGUUUCUGGCCCUUUAUCCGCCACCAACGGCAAUCAUAUCUUUUUUCUUGCUUCUGUCGACCCUGAAAGGACAAGCCCUUGGUAAGAUCUUGGGAUAUUGUCUCCCCGUCCACUUGGAAGGUACUGGCUGCCCACCAUGGAAGCCCAUCUCAUCGAUUCGCUCGUCCGUCAAAGUUGUACAUGUAUACUCGUUGCAAGGCUUCGGCUAAGCCUGCCAGGAAACGGUCGACGCCUGGAGAAGCAAAACUCGCCUCCAUCGCCCGUGCAAACCAUUUCUACCUCCCUACAGUAGCCAUGCUAGAUAUCUGAUGAUUCCCAGUGUUCUGUCGGUCUGUAACAUACUGGGACUAUUUAUUUGUGACCCACACACAGUAUUUUCCCAAAUCACCAAAUGUCAUUUCUCGGCAUAUGCCCGACCUUGCCGGUGCCCAUCUCUAGCCUGUCCAACGGACUGGCACAAGCAGCAUCAUGCAUCUUGGCCUAUCUUGGCGUAUUCUGACCUCUUCUUGGACCUACUCGUGUGACCUGAAGAAAUAAUCGGGCCUUCCAAGUGUGGAGAGAGAUCCGGGGUCUGGGGAAGAACCAGAUUCUUCAAAUACGCCGUUCUCCUUCCCCAGGUUGGCGGACAUGCCAAUAUUUGAUCUGCUCUUUUGCAUCCCUUCUCCAUAUCGAUACCCCUAGGGUCAUAGGAAAAUUCCCUUUGCCCUUUGCCUUGUUAUCAAAGGGUUUCGUGUUAUCUCAGUUUAAUAGCAAGGCGACAAGAGGUCUUUAUACACACCACCUCAUAAAAUGCCGCCUCCAAGAGUGGACGAUGAGGCUCCCAUGCCCCCAGAAGACAACGGAAUCGACUCUUCAGGCCCAAGAAGGUCCAGUAGUGGCAGCACAGCUGCUACUUACAACAAUGCCGAGAAGAGCGGAGCCAUUUCUGGACAGGGCGGUGUCGUCUCCAACCAGAUAGCCGGUCAGCAGAAGGCCACCGUUGGGGCCUUGCUCAAGAACCCCUUGGCCGGAAUGACAGACGCUCAGAUCAUUGCAGACGCAGACCGUUUCGUCGAGGAAAAGGGUCUAACUGAGCACCGCGAGGCCUUCAGGAAGGGUGCCAUGCUCGCCAGGGUUCAAAACAACGACACGGCAUUUGAGCAGCUAGAUAUCAUCACCGAGCAGGAGAAGGAAACCCUUCGCAAGGAGGUCAAGAACAGAUGGCACCAGCCGUUUAUGCUCUACUUCCUUUGUUCCUUGUGUGCGGGAAGUGCCAUCGUACAAGGAAUGGAUCAAACCGCUGUCAACGGAGCACAGGAGUUCUACUAUGAGACAUUCAACAUCACCGACGACCUUAUGCGAGGUCUACUGAACGGAGCCCCCUACCUUUGCUCGGCCUUAAUUGGUUGCUGGACGAACCCCAUCCUGAACAAGUGGACUGGACGAAGGGGAACAAUUUUCAUCUCUUGUUUUGUGUCUACGGUGACUGGGUUCUGGAUGGCAGCAGCCGACACCUGGUACAACCUGCUCAUCGCUCGAUUUGCUCUUGGUUUUGCUGUUGGUGCCAAGUCCAGCACCACUCCCGUCUACUCUGCCGAAUGCACACCAAAGGCCAUUAGGGGUGCACUUACUAUGCAGUGGCAGAUGUGGACUGCGUUUGGCAUCAUGUUGGGGUUUGUAGCCUCGGUAGCCUUCGCCAACACCGACUUCCUUGGCGAGAACACCCAGUGGCGUUGGAUGCUGGCUUCAACCUCAAUCCCCCCUUUCCUCGUCAUGAUCCAGGUUUACUUUUGCCCGGAGAGUCCCAGAUGGUACAUGGAGCGAGGAGAGUUCACAAAGGCGUAUUCGUCGGUGCGACGACUGCGGUACCUCGAAUGCCAGGCCGCGCGAGACAUGUACUACGCCUUCAAGCUCCUGGAAAUUGAACAAGCGCAGCGCGAGGGCCGGAACCUUCUCAAGGAGUUCUUCACCGUCCGCCGUAACCGCCGAGCCGCUCAGUCGUCGUGGUUUGUCAUGUUUAUGCAACAAUUCUGCGGAGUUAACGUCAUUGCUUACUACUCUACGGCAAUUUUCCAAAACGCUGGCUUUUCACGCAACGCGGCGCUUCUUACUUCCUUGGGUGGCGGAGCAAUCAACUUCCUGUUCGCGAUACCAGCCAUAUACACCAUUGAUACCUUUGGCCGGCGCAACCUACUUCUUGUUACCUUCCCGCUCAUGGCUAUUAUGCUGUUCUUUACCGGUUUCUCAUUCUUCAUCCCGGAAGAUAACCCAGCGCGUCUCGGAUGCAUUGCCACCGGUAUCUACCUUUUCAUGAUGGUUUAUUCACCUGGAGAGGGCCCUGUUCCUUUCACCUACUCUGCCGAGGCUUUCCCGCUGCACAUCCGCGACAUCGGUAUGAGUAGCGCUACUGCCAUCACAUGGGGUUUCAACUUCAUCAUCUCCUUCUCCUGGCCUGCACUGGAGACGGCCUUUGGUCCCACUGGUGCUUUCUGCUGGUACGCGGCGUGGAACAUCUUUGGCUGGAUCUUUGCGUACUUCUUGCUGCCCGAAACCAAGAACCUCACCCUCGAGGAGCUCGACAUGGUCUUCGGAGUGAGCAACCGCGACCACGCCAAGUACUACACAGACAAGUUGCCGUGGUACUUGAAGAAGCACAUCCUACGCAAGGACGUCGACAGCUUUCCGCCGUUGUACCAGUUGGCCGAAGAUGAGGACCUCGCCGAUCCUCCCAUAGCCGCCAAGGUCGACGACAGGGUCGAUGCCAAGCAGACGCAGCCUGUGAUGAGUCCCAGACUUGGGGUCGAACACGCUGAGGAGCCUUCCAUCCCUGGGGAUGACAAGACCGUCAGGUAAAGGAUAUGCAAAACAUAUGUUGGGAUGAGAAUUCGGAGUGCCUGAAAGGUGACCGAAUUGAAAGAGUUAAUCAGUUGGUAGGACGGGGGCAAGGGAGCAUGUGAACUUUCAGGUUAUGUCACCAUCGCUUCGUGGAAAGGUUGCUGUGGGGCGUUUCUUUUUGAUUAGGAUUUUAUACCCUCUUUUUGCUUGUUAAAUAUCAGACGAAUAUACCUGGUGAUUCCAUGAUUCGUGACUUUUGCAAGAAACAAAGGACCUUUGUUGUUUGAC